AUGCAUAAACCUUCAAAGCAUCAUCUUGGAGCAGCUAAAAGAAUCUUGCGCUGUGUUGCUGGAACUAUGGAUUUUGGAUUAUGGUACUCUCGAUGUUCUAGUUUUAAUUUGUAUGGCUUUUCGGAUAGUGACUGGGCAGGAUCUUUGGAUGAUAGGAAGAGUGUCUCUGGGAAUUUUUUCACUUUUGGUCUGCAGCUAUUACUUGGAGCUCAAAGAAACAAGCAACGACGUGUCAUCUUCAGAGGUAGAAUUGCAAAGGGGCUGAUUGGGUUGAAGCACUGCAGCACUGAAGAGCAAGCAGCAGACAUUCUUACUAAAGCACUUCCUCCG